AUGCAGUGCUUAUAUAUUCUUCCUGCGGUUUCCCUCGCUAUAGUAGCUCAGGAGUAUCAAUGGCAGCCCGACGCUUCCUACCCAGUAUGGUACUUGGGUAAAGAGCUCGCGAGAGAGCGUCGAGACGUCACACUCGACAAACAGAUCGGCGACGGACGUGUGUUUGGGACACUCGGACAGAACGAUGCUGGACUAUUUGGUAAGGGAGGUUAUGAGCAUCAAUUCUUCAACGACGACCGCGGCAAGUUAAAUGGACAGGUGUACGGCACGCACGUGCUGGGGCCGGCCGGGGACUCGUCUAGCUUCGGCGGGGCCCUGAACUGGAAGGACCCCCACGCAGCCGCCUCCUUCGACAUUAGCAAACAAGUGCAUAGCGGCACUUCUUACCAAGCAGCAGCAGGAGGCAGAUGGCCGGUGGGCAAGAACGGCGACUUCUCGCUGCAAGGCACGUACGGGCGCCAGGCGGGCAUGCGGCGUGAGUACGGCGGACUCGCUAACUUUAACUAUCGCUGG